CUUUGUUUUUUCCCCUCCAUCUUCUCUCCGCCGUCGUCCGCAGAGACAGAAAUCCUAACCCUAGAGAGAGGAACUGAAAGAUAAAGAGAGGGGAACGGAAAGAAAAAGAAGAACGUUUGUGAUGGGAUUCGACGUCGGCGUCGUCCCGUUCAACCCCGACGGGUGGGGCCCGCCGGACACGCCGGCGGUGCCCCUCCUCCCCAAGCGCGAGGGCGAGGGAACCCACCCGGCGAACAUCCCCUUCGCCCCCUUCUCCCGGUCGGAUAAGCUGGGCCGCAUCGCCGACUGGACCCGCAACCCCAACUUCAACAACCUCGGCGCCCGCUCCGGCACCGGGCGCGACGCCGUCUUCGACUUCGCCCUCGACGAGUCCUCCACCCUCGCCGCGGCCGCGGAUGACGACUCGUCCUUCCGCCUCGUCGACGGAAAGCCUCCACCGCGCCCCAAGUUCGGGCCCCGCUGGCGCUUCCAACAGCGGCCCCAGCUCCCCCAGCGCCGCGACGAGGAGGUCGAGGCCCGCAAGCGCGAGGCCGAGAAGGAGCGCGCCCGCCGCGACCGCCUCUACCACCUCCACCGCUCCUCCGCCGCCUCCGGCCCAGCCUUCGCCGGCGGCCGCGGCCGCGACUCUCCCACCCUCAAGUCCUCCGUCGACAUCCAGCCCGAGUGGACCAUGCUCGACCAGAUCCCCUUCUCCACCUUCACCAAGCUCUCCUUCGCCGUUCCCGACCCCCCCGAGGACCUCCUCGUCUGUGGCGCCCUCGAGUUCUACGAUCGCUCCUUCGACCGGGUCAACCCCAAGAACGAGCGCCGCCUCGAGCGAUUCAAAUCCCGCAACUUCUUCAAGGUCACCACCACCGACGACCCCGUCAUCCGCCGCCUCGCCGCCGACGAUAAGGCCACCGUCUUCGCCACGGACGCCAUCCUCUCCGCCCUCAUGUGCGCCCCCCGCUCCGUCUACUCCUGGGACAUCGUCAUCCAGCGCGUUGGCAACAAGCUCUUCUUCGACAAGCGUGACGGCUCCCAGCUCGACCUCCUCUCCGUCAACGAGACCUCCCAGGAGCCCCUUCCGGACGCCAAGGAGGACAUCAACUCCGCGCACUCCCUCGCCGUCGAGGCCACCUACGUCAACCAGAACUUCUCCCAGCAGGUCCUCCUUCGUGACGGCAACAAGGUCACCUUUGACGAACCCAACCCCUUCGCUGCUGAGGGCGAGGAGGUUGCAUCUGCUGCCUACCGCUACCGCCGCUGGAAGCUCGAUGAUGACACCUAUCUGGUCGCCCGCUGCGAGGUCCAUGCUGCGUCCGACGUGAAGGGGCAGCGCUCCUUCUUGACUGUGAACGCCCUCAAUGAGUUCGAUCCCAAGUACACAGGUGUCGACUGGAGGCAGAAGCUUGAGACCCAGAGAGGGGCCGUGCUUGCCACGGAGCUCAAGAACAAUGCCAACAAGCUCGCAAGGUGGACCGCCCAGGCCCUCCUUGCGAGUGCCGACCUGAUGAAGCUUGGCUAUGUCUCAAGGGUCCACCCCAGGGACCACUACAACCAUGUGAUCCUCAGUGUCAUUGGGUACAAGCCGAGGGAUUUCGCUGCCCAAAUCAAUCUCAACACCUCAAAUAUGUGGGGGAUUGUCAAGUCGAUUGUGGACCUGUGCAUGAAGCUCAAUGAGGGUAAGUAUGUGCUCGUGAAGGACCCGGCGAAACCCCAGGUUAGGAUCUAUGAGGUGCCAGCGGAUGCAUUUGAGAAUGACUAUGUGGAGGAGCCGCUGCCCGAGGAGGAGCAGGUACAGCCACCUGCGGAGGAAGAAGAUCCUGCCAGCAUCAUGGAUGCUGUUGCUGAAGCUGAGGCCAAUGCUGGUGGUGGUGGUGAAGCUACUGAGGGGGAGAACGAUGCCACUGCUGCUGCUGUUUGAAGGGUACAAGCCACCGUCCCUUCCCACUUCAGUAUUUCAAAAUUAUGACUAGGAAUUAUGACCUUUUGGAUCGAGGAUUAUCUAUCUGUUAUUGCAAUAUCCUAUUAUUUAUGUUGCUUUGAUUUGUGACGGGACUGUCUUCUCUUUUAUCAUGCUUGAUUGAUGAGUCUAGACUUUUAUGGACAAGGCUUUCCUUUUGUCACUAGGAAAAAAUAAUUUUGUGAGAAUGAUAAUGGCUUGCUAUAUUACAAGGAGGAUGUUUAUUAACAAUAUGUGUUUCUAUCUUAUAUAUGUUUAUAUGUAACCUAAGCUUUAUUUUGACCUCUUUUAA